GUAGCUAAAGAUGGAUGUCAAUACAACUUGCAUCCGGUAGAGGGCGCGAAAGAGCCAAUACGGAGCAUGAUGAGCAGCAGCGAGUCAGCGACCUGCACAACACAGCCGGGGCAGACUGCAGGAUAGCUGCUGAGCAGGGCUUUAAUGGAGUGAAACUAACAUCUCGCUUAUGCACUAUGGAAUAAUAGCCGUGUUAUUACUUGCUGACACUUCAAAAAUAACCCGGAAAGACAAUUCCUAUAAUAUAACUGUGGUUUGUUAUGAAGAGGAGCCAAAGGACACCUCUACUGGACUAAGCUACUGGGCUAUCGAGUAGCAUUGGAUCUUAUCGCACAAAAACAGGACACUGGAUUUGUCGUAUAUUUGUACUAUCUCGAAUUAAUUUUUUGCUGUGUCCUGGACUCCAGCAACGCAUACCCACAGCCGUUUGCGUAGGUUAAGGCUUUGGCACCUAAACAAACAAACAUAGCUUGUUAGCAUCAGCAUUCCACACUGCAACGACUUGAUAGCGUAUGCCGCAGCCGGCACGAAAGUGUUUUGGUCCAGCCUCGGCGCCCACGCGACACCGCGGAUUGACGUCGGCCCAAUCUGCAGUAAACUGGCAGCACAUAGCAGGCCGCUGCAUAUAUGCUGGUUAUUAAUUGCUAGCGCCGCAAUUCUUGUCGUGGCUGAAUUGCCAAUCAAAUAUGCAGAUUGAGUAGUAGUUUGCGUUGUUUUAUUGUACAACAGCUCUGUUGUAUAGUUGAGGGAUGUAACGCACACCGUUGUCUUUUGCUGGGUUCACUGUUGUUUACAGUAAGUUAGUUUAUACAUUGAGCUGGUACAAGACGCUUUAAUUGCAGGCUUGUCAAGUAUGAUAAGUAUGAAUGUUGCACCUUCGCUCUUGGUAGCUGCAUUUAGGUUUUUAUAGUCACAGUUGCAGCAAUGCAGACGCCUCCUACACAAGAUCAAAUGAUAAUGAAGAAUGAGAGAUGAGAAUCACAGGCAAUGCAAACAUUUGGAUGAGCACAUAAGGGGUAGUGAGUGUAUGCGGACACGGGUAUUGUUUAGAUGCACAUGAAAUCCGUUUGUUGUUUAAGUAAUAUGUCUGAAUGUAUUGUAAAAUAAGCUCGGUACAGUUCAUGUUUCUGACAAGCUGUCAUAUUGCAGGCAGUUGUAGGAGUGAUGCUCUAUUUGUAUGCGUUUGCUGUGAUCAGUGUUAAUGCAUUGAGCGUUUUUUUUUAAGGGAAUCAGCCACCAUUGAUAUACUUCAGAUGAGACGCGGGGGGGCGGGGUUGUUGACCUCGUAGAAACAAGGGAAGCAUCCGCCUGCCAUGCAUAAUUAAUGAGCCCAAACGCAAGCAGUCUCGUUUUAAUCCUUUUGACCACACACACGCACAAAUAACGCGCCACACACAAGCGAGACUCUGUACAUCCAAACAGACACGUCUGUAGAUGUAAACCUUAUGGACUCAUGAAUGGGGUACCGUAUUGUGGGAACCGAGUACCAAGAAAAGCCUGGAUCAGAACAUGAGAGGAUUGAGGCGGUGAUGAUGGAGACUACAGUGGGCAGCUAACGGAACCACUGGGAACGCCACAUUAAAGACGGCCGCAGGGAGUGGGCUGGCCCCUGCCAAGAUGAGCCUCCGGCAACCGUCUUCCACAUUGGACAGCGGGAGGGCCAAUAAGAGAAACUCCCACCUGCUCAGCCCUUUCGCGGCUUGGCUCAGCAGUUUGACCAUCGGGGACUCGGACAGGAAGUCCUCCCCCGGCCAGCCGCCCAGGGACCCGGGGGGGGAGUCUCCCACCACAGAGAGCACAGGCUCUGGUCUGGUCCAGAGGUGUGUGGUGGUCCCAAAGGACCAGCUUGGCUUUGGCUUCACCGUCUGUGGCGAGAGGGUCAAGCUGGUGCAGAAUGUCCGACCAGGGGGCGCUGCGGUAAAGGCCGGCGUCCAAGAGGGUGACCGCAUCAUAAAGGUGAACGGAUCUCUGGUGUCCUCCAUGUCCCACCAAGAAGUGGUGAAGCUCAUUAAAUCCGGAGCCUACGUGGCGCUGACGCUUCAGGGCCCGCCCCCUUCCAGCGUCACCCUGCCCCUAGAGCCCCUGUCCGCAGACCUCUUACCCAAUCAGAGGACCUCGCUGGGCGGAGAAGCCCCGCCUCCCCCACCGCCUCCCUUGCCCGCUGGCAUGAGCAGCAGCCCCUCCCAGCGAAUCACAGGGCCCAAACCGCCUCAGCAUGCUGAGGUGCAGAAACACGCCAGUCAGAUCCUCCAGAAGAUGCUGCAGCAGGAAGAGGCUGACCUCCAGGCCCUGAUGGAGAAGCUGUCCCGGAACCCCUCGCCGUCGUUGGAGGAGCGGAUCGAGAGUGCGAAGAGGAGGGCUCACCAAGUCAGGAUCAAGAUUCAGCAGGACCUGGACGGAGGCCGAGGUGACCCCAUCACCAACUACCUAGUCGCCGGGGAAGGGAGACUCUCAGUUGACUCCAGUGAAGGAGAUAUAGAGGCCUUUGAGAGCCCCCACUCCUCCCCCUCCUCCUUCAGGACGCCCCUGUUCCGACGGCAGGUCUCUGACGUGCGCACUCCUGGCGACGCGGGAGGAAAGGCCCAGAUUAUUGGCCCCGAGGAAGAGGAGGAGGAAGAUGGCGGCUAUGCGUUCAACGAGAUGGACGGGCCCUUCCAGGACAUUGAGCUGCUGAAGGCCCGGCCCGCCCACAUGACCGUCUUCAUGCGCUACGUCUUCACCCAGCUGCUGGACCCCAACCCCCUGCUGUUCUACCUGUCCGUGGAGGCCUACCUGGGCUCCAGCCCCAAGGACGCUCGGUCCCUGGCUCCCCAGGUGCGCUCCCACUUCCUGGACCCCGACGCGCCUCUGAAGAUCAAAGUGCGAGAGGAGUACCUCACAGAAAUAGAGACCCGUCUGCAUGCCCAGGAGGACGUCAGAGGACCCCUGUCUGAGCUCCAGCAGCUGGUGCUGCCCGACAUCCAGGACCAGAUCCAGGACUACAGGAACAAGCAGAUGAUGGGUCUGGGCUCCCUGUUCGGGGAGGGGGACCUGCAGCACCUGGACGGAGACCCGGCCAAGGAGAGGCAGGUGGUGGACAAGCAGGUCACUGCCCUCUGGGACAUCCUCUCCAAGCACGAAGAGGAGAGGAGUGCUCCCCUUGCGUCGGCCGUGUUGCUGUACUUGCGUCAUUCCGGCAUCAAGCUGCGGGACUCCAAGGUGUUCCCGGGGCUGGGAGUCGAGAAGGAGAAGUGGCUCCAAUUCUUCCCCAAGCCCAAGAAGCUGGGCGGCGCCAAGAAGGAGAAGGAGAAGGAUGGGGAGGAUCGGAGAAGGAACCCCAUCCUGAAGUACAUUAAGCCCCGGAGCGCCUCCCAGUCCACGUUCCAUGUCCCGUUGUCCCCGACUGAAGUGCGGUCGGGCAGUGUGCGGAACAUGAUCCAGCAGUUUGAGAACCACUCUGAGUUACCGGGCGAGGAGGGGGCAGACGGAGACCCCCAGAGGCUCUCCUCCAGCAGCCUGGGGGAGGACAGCGCGGACAGUCCCACAGUGGCCUCGGUGCGUCUCGCCCGCAGUGAGUCCCUGAAGGCGCAGGGCGAGGGCCGGCGGAGGGGCGGGGCCUCGGCGGGGGCGGGCGACUCGGUGCCCCGUUCCCGUAGCGACGUGGACAUGGAGGACUGCGGCGAGGAGCGCGAGGGCCCCGCGCUGCGGCCCCUGCUGCACCACAGCGCCUCCUCCUCCGCCUCCAGCAGCUCCGCCCGGUCUCUGGAGAACCCCACGCCCCCGUACACCCCCCGCUCUCGACGAAGGAGCGUGGAGUCCCCCCUGGCCCUGAUCCCGGACAGCGGGGCCCUGGAGGAGGAGGAGGAGGUGUGUGACGGACACCCCUGGCAGGAGACGGUUCCCCCCCACCUCCUCGGCUCCCUCAGCCCCCGGGAGGCGGAGCGCCAGGCGGUCAUCUACGAGCUGUUCACCACGGAGGUGUCCCACCUGCGGACGCUGCGGGUGCUGGACCAGGUGUUCUUCCAGAAGAUGAGGUCCGUGCUGAGCUCCGAGGAGCUGGCCUGCAUCUUCCCCAACCUGCCCCAGGUCUAUCGGCUCCACGCCAGCCUGUGUGAAGCCAUGAAGAAACGCAGAGAGAGGACCAUCGUGGAGGAGAUAGGGGACAUCAUGCUGAGCAGGUUCGAGGGUCCCGCGGGCGAGGGCUUCGCGGACCAGGCCUCCCAGCUGUGCAGCCAGCAGUCGGAGGCCCUGGAGCUGCUGAAGAGCAAGCAGCGCAAGGACCCCCGCUUCGCCCACGUCAUGCAGGAGUGUGAGGCUAGCCCUCACUGUCGGAGGCUACAGCUGAAGGACCUGCUGGUGUCCGAGAUGCAGAGGCUGACCAAGUACCCCCUGUUGCUGGGCAACAUCAUCAAACACACCGAGGCGGGUUCCCCCGACCUCCAGCCCCUCCAACGGGCGCAGUCCUGUUGCCGGGGGAUACUGCAGGCUGUCAACGAGGUCGUCAGGGAAACGGAACACCGGCAACACCUCAGCCAAUACCAGCGCAGGCUGGACUCCGCCCCCCAGUUCAAGAGUCUGGACCUCACAGCGAAGACCAUGAUUCACGAGGGUCCCCUCACCUGGAAGGUCAACAAAGACAAGACGCUAGAGAUCCAGGCUCUGCUGUUGUCGGACGCCCUGGUCCUGCUGCAGCGGGGCCCAGACGACCGGCUGGUCCUGCGCGGGCCGUCCCGCUGGCUGGGGGUCACGGGAGGGGGAGGCGACUCCAAGACGGCCUUCAGCCCCGUGGUGCGGCUGGACUCCCUGCUGGUCCGCUCCGUCGCCACAGACAACAAGGCGCUGUACAUCAUCAGCCCCACAGAGGGACAGAUAUACGAGCUGGUGGCCGGGACGGCCUCCGACAAGAACACGUGGAAAGACAUCCUUGAAAAGACCAUCUCAUUGGCCGGUGGCUCGUCUCCCUCAACCAAUCACACCUCCGCUCCCAUAUCUCUCCCCAGUCUAGUAAACUCCUCCCCAAUCUCGACGAACAACCACAUCUACCAAUCAGACGACUCGGUGACGGAGAGCUUGGUCUCCAUGGAGAUGGAGACAGGGUCGUCCAAUGACGACAACGGGCUCAUCUCCAGCGAGCCCGCGGGCCUAUCGGAAGAGCGGUUCCGUGGGGACGGGCCGGAGAUGGGCGUGGCCGAGGCGGCUCUGCAGGACGUCAAGUCGCUACGGCAACUCAUAUUCCACGAUCUGGAGGAGGACGGGUGGAGCCGCGACUCAGACGACACGCCCACCAACGAGCUGGCCAAUGAGAGGCAUUCGUCCGCUUACGGGCCAAGGGCGCUCUCUCUGGAGACGGUCCUGAGCACCAACCAAUCGGACGGGGAGGACGAGGCCACGCCCCCGUCGACCGAGCAACUCGGGCUUCAGGUCGUCAGGAAAGCUGUGGUGGCGGGCUCUUCCUCUGUCCCCGACGACACCGCCCGUGAUGUCGCCCCCCUCCCCUCCGAGCCGUCGUCCGAGCCGAGAGGCGGGGAAGCCGCGGCGCCCGGCAACCUCUUCUACCUGGUGAUGCCCAGCGAGGCUGGGGAGAGCACCACCGACGACGAACCCCCCACCCCCACCGCCGACCACUUCCCCGAGUGCCCCCCCUUCCGCCAGGAAGUGAUGUCAUCGUCGCAGGACGGCACGUCCCUGCGGCUGGAAGAUGCCGACGUGGAGGUGGCGGUGUGCGGUGGCGCGGCGGCGGCGGCGGACGUCGACCGAUCGGACGCUUUGAGGCUAGAGGAGGAGGAAGAGGACGAGGAAUUGGGCCCAUCGCAGACGGGGAGCCAGAGUCAUGUGAUCAAGAACGUGGAGGGGAUCUUCCUCACCAUCGAGGGCCUGAUGACAAAGUUGCAACGUCUGAAGGACAUGGAGAACGCCCACCACCAGCUCCUCAAGUCUCUCCGGGAGACGGCCAUCGGCCUGCCACCAGAGGAGCACCCCGGUCACCCGGCAACCGUCGCUAGGACGCCAUCGUUGGAGCGCGCCUCAGGAGACGGCACCGAGGGAACGCUGACUGAACUCAAGAUCCAGUCCACCGGGUUCUGACCUCCACUCUGUGUACAUCCUCACACACACACACACACACACACACACAGACACACAGACACACAGACACACACACACACACAGACACAGACGCAGACACAGACACACGCACACACACACACACACCGUUACUCUCCACUCCUUGCCCCCCCGAACCAGCCCCCACCUGCUUGACUCCCAGCAUGCACUGGGCCGUUGGAGGAGAAACACUAAAAGGACGGUGUGCAUGAAACCGUUUGCCGUUGUCCUAUGGGAAACCCCCCCGGGAAGUAAGCUUGACCACUACGACUACAGGAACUCCCCCCCCCCCCCCCCGUCUUCUCCGGAGGAAGUAGGCGACGCUUUGGGAUGCUUGACAGGACGUAGGAGGAGCUUGAUGGCGAAACAGGAAGUAGGACUGGAUCCCCAGUGGGGGGAGGACAGAGAGAGAGAGAGACACGUGGGGAGAAGCUGGGAUGUGGAGAUGAAACGACAUGCGAACCCCUUUGCCUACGGCGUUCUUCGUAGGCUCGCACCUUUUUGAACAAUUUACAAAAUAUUAAGAGAAAAUCCGAACGGCUGACAGAAAGACUUGAGUGUCGCAAGUGUUGCUUUUUUAAAAGAAAU